AUGACGUCGGCGAUGGCAGUGGCGUCAAGCGGUGUAAGUGGCGACGUCAGCGACGAUGUGCCGGUGGCGUCAAGUGAGAAAGCGAGGAAAGACUUCAUGGCGGCGACGGUGGUGACGGGGCAUGUGGCGUCAGGCGAGACGACGAGGAAGGGCUUCACAGCGCCGAAAGUGGCGACGUCGGCGACGGUGCCUGUGGCUUCAAGCUUCAGAUCUCGAGAGAAGGAUGAAGAAAUGAGAGGAAAAAUAGGAUAUUUGAGGGUGGAGAACUUGGAGAUCGCCGGAGAGAGUUCGCGGAGUCCUUGGGGUGGGUGUGACACUCCCCUUUCGGUUCCUAGUCUCUCUCUCUCUCUCUCUCUCUCUCUCCUGUCUCGUUCUCCCUUCUCUUGGUUCCCAGCUACCACAUCACCAGCUCACUUUGCGGUCAAAGAGGUGGAUAUGGGACUGGUCGCGAAUCUCGGAACACUGCAGCGGCUUCCCAAGAUCGUCGGCUUCGGCAACGCCAUGGAUCUCGCGCUCACAGCAAAGGCGAUGGGGCUCGUUUCCAGGGUUUUCGCCCGACCCGGCAAAGAUGGACGAGGGCAUCUUCGCACUGGCCAAGGAUGGGGGACGAAGGCGGUGAUAAUGAAGAGCAGAGACAUGGCGGUUGAGAAUGGGUUGGACUACGUGGCCACGUGGAAUGCCGGGAUGUUGAGGUCGCGGGGACCUGGAGGAAGUCAGUGCUCUCAAGCUCCAAAAAAACGCAAGCCCAACUUCUCCAAGAUGUGA